AUGUCCUCUGAACUUCGAUACACUGCCAACACCCAGCUCGAACAGCUCCACGCCAGGUAUACCGGUACUGGACAUGCCGAUACCACCAAGUACGAAUGGCUCACUCACCAACACCGUGACACCCUCGCCUCCAUCGUCGGCCAUCCCGCGCUCUUGGGAUACUUGUCUGUAGCGGAUGGCGAGUCUCAGGCUAGGGAAAGGUUUGAGUUGACAGAAAAAAUGCUGCAGCCAUGCGGCAAACCGCCCGCAAAGUCUGAGGAAUAG